GCCCGAAGUACCCCACGUGGGGGUGCAAGUGCGGGACUGACGGGAACUGGGCCAGCAGGCUCAAGUGCAGAGGGUGUCAGCAGCCAGCCCCUUUGCGGAUCCAAGCCGAUGCCAAGGCAGCCGCGCAGCAGCUCCGCAGCCCUUCCCAGCGUGGGCCCAAGGGCGCGUGGGCCAACGGGCCGCCAGGCGAGUCGGCAUCCAUCAAGGCGCUCAAGGCCGAGCUCAGUGCCUUACGCGCUCAAGUCGGGGGAGGCGGAGGCGGAUCGGCGCAGCGUCCAGCGACGCAGCCGCAGCAGCCUCAGUCUGACCUCACGUUCGGGCAAGUGGUGCAGUUCCUCAAGGCCUACAAGGUUGACGAGUCUGUCAUCACAUCGGUGCAGCAGAAGCAGAUCGCGGAGCAGGAAGCCAGGCCUACGACUGCCAUUGCUGCCCAACACAGGGUUGAGAACUCGAAGAAGAAGGUGGAGCGCAAGGAGCAGAAGGUGCUCAGCUUCACGCAGCAGCGGGACGAGCUGGACAAGGCCAUCACCGACGCCGAGACCCAGCUCACGGAGGCGCGCUCUGAGCUGGAGCGGAACAUCAAGGUGUCGCACCGUGUGCACCUUGAGCAGACCGCCGACCCGUUCGAGCUCGGCUUCGCAG